GCCUCAUAGCCCAUGAGGCAGAAGAGGGAGAAGAGGCCUGAGGCCCAGGGUGGACACCAGCCAGCCAUGGCCGCAGCUGAGACUGCCUUACCCUCCAUCAGUACACUGACCACCCUGGGCCAGUUCCUGGACCCCCAAGAGGACUUCCUCAAGUGGUGGCACCCUGACGAGACACAGGAUUUGGGCCCGGGUCCCCCGGAUCUCAUGGGGCCAUCCCUUCACGUGAGUGUGAAAUCGCAGGCCCCUCCCGGACAGGACGAGGACGAUGAGCGGGAUGUGACCUGUGCCUGGGAUCCGGAUCUUUUCCUUACCAACUUCCCAGGUCCCGAGCCGCCAGCCACUCCCCGGACCUGUGCUCUGGCGCCCAGCGGGGGCCCGGGGGCACAGUACGCACCGCCCGAGGCUCUGGGCGUCUAUGCAGGUGGCCCAGGGUUGGUGGCCGGGUCUUUAGGUUCCGAAGAGCACUCGGGCUGGGCGCACUCCGCCCCGCGAACCCCAGCCCCUGAGCCCUUCGUGGCCCCUGACCUGGCCCCGGGAUCCGCGCCCAAGGCACAGCCAGCAUUCUCCGAUCCGCCAGCGGGCUCCGCCGGCGGUUUCUUCCCGCGGGCUGGGCUGGCGGUGCCCGCGGCCCCCAGCGCCCCCUAUGGGCUGCUGUCAGGGUACCCCGCCCUGUACCCCGCACCACAGUACCAAGGGCAUUUUCAGCUCUUUCGCGGGCUCACAGCGCCGUCUGCGGGCCCCGCCGCGCCCCCUUCCUUCCUGAAUUGUCUGGGACCCGGUGCGGUGGGCACAGAACUGGGGGCCACAGCGCUCGCGGGAGAUGCAGGCUUGUCGCCGGGAGCCGCACCGCCCAAGCGCAGCCGGCGAGUUUUGGCACGAAAGAGGCAAGCGGCACACACCUGCGGGCACCCGGGCUGCGGGAAGAGCUACACCAAGAGCUCGCAUCUGAAGGCGCACCUGCGCACGCACACAGGAGAGAAACCUUAUGCCUGCUCCUGGGAUGGCUGCGGCUGGAGGUUCGCUCGCUCUGACGAGCUGACGCGCCACUACCGGAAACACACCGGCCAGCGACCCUUCUGCUGCGGACUCUGCCCACGUGCUUUUUCGCGCUCUGACCACUUAGCUUUGCACAUGAAGCGCCACCUCUGAGCUCCGAUCCUGCACAGGGACUGGGAAUGAAAUGAGUGGAUCCAAAGAUUGUCUUCCAAAGGAUGGGCCAUUUUUGGACAACAUAUAGCCCUACAGACCUACCCAGAUCAAGAACUGACCCAAAGGAGCCCUCGAGAGGAUGCUCACACUUCCUCAGGGAGACACACAAAAAACAUCACCCCACAGACCCAGCAAGACAGACUACCAAAUAAAUCAACUCAGAUGGACCCUUAGACCUGUGCGGGAGUUACCCUGAGUCUUGGAGGUGGAGUGGGGUGAGGCUUCCCAGGGUCUAGAAGGGGCCCUCACACUAUCA